AUUCCUAGUGUUCAUGUCGUCGUGUUCGAUUCGAUUGUUUGGGGAAUUGUUUUUUUCUUUUCUGUUAUCUAGUCAUUUAACAUAGAUUAUUACUAAAUAUUAAUUAAUUUUUUAUUUUUGUGACUGACUGGAUAAGUUUUGUGGUGUCUUUUUUGUCUACACAAAUGAUUUUUAUCAUUACUUUAGCACUCUAUUUAGCUUCAGAAGUAGUGUCCGUAAAAGACAAUUCAGUUACUUCUCACUCUCUCCAUGAAUUAAUCUUAUGCCGAUUAUGUGGCUCUGAACUGUCUUCAUCUAACUACAUUAUUAAUUCUAAAAUAAGCCUAGACUCAGAAAACACAUUCAAUGAGACUUUAUUUGGAAAAGAAGUAUUUGUGCAGGUGUUGAGUGCUAAUUUCAUGUCAAAUAUACCUAUCAUUACAUUUGGUCACUCUGAGUGUUUACCUAUCGAGGAGUGGUCCGAAAUUGAGUCAUGGUUUCCUGAUUACCUAUGGAAAGUCUGCAUCUGCCCUGCUUGUGGGGAGAUUAUUGGAUGGGUGUUUCAACCCACAAAUCAAUUAAAAAACGGAACAUCAAAUAUAUUUUUUGCUCUUGACCUACACAGUCUGAUUGGUGAAACCUUUCUCGACUCACUGAUCAAAAAUCCUUACAACUGAUUAGAUAACUACAUAUAAGAUGUCAGCCAAUGAUACGCUCUCUGUUGAAGACAAGGAGUUUCUUGCUCAAUGUGAAGAAGAAUUUAAAGAUAGAUUCACAGAUAAAGAUGAAGAAUUCAUGAAAAUAUUGAACGCUGAGCCAUCAACACCACCUAUUGUGUCUCCAUGGUGGACCCCACAAAAUUCUGGCCGCCAGAAUGACCACCGCAACAACAAACGGCAUCGUUAUGAACAGCACGGCGGCGGCAGAGACCGGUACGGAAGGAGAGACCAUAAUAACAGGAGAGACCAAGAUAGAGCAGACUAUCAAGAUCACAGAGGAUACAAUGACUAUGGAGACCGAAGCUAUGGCUACCAUAAUAAGAGACAUCGUUACUGAUGGUUGUGUAUUAGUUUUAAGUAAAAUUGGAGAUUUUUAAUAAAAUACAUUAACUCUUCUCAAAAGAAUAUAUUCUCAAUUAUUAUGGCUUGAUUUACAUUUUAACAACUUAUAAAUUACAUAAUAAAUCACCAAUAAAGUAAUGCAGCUACAGCAAUCGUAAGAUGGAAAUCAUAACAGAAUAAAUUAAUAUUAAAUUUCUCAUUGCUACUCAACAAUUCUAAUGAUUAUAAAUUUGUAACAAUAAUUAUGCCGAUAUAAUUUUAAAACCUAGGUGUUUUCUAUUUCAUUCAUGAUGCACAAACAAUAACAAUGUCAAUCUCCAGAAUACAUCUGCGCAUGGUCAGCUCAUUGUUCAUUGGGUACAAUCAAACAGCUACUUUAUAAUUUUUCGAUGCUUGUACUUUCUCCCAUCAAAUAUUGCAGCGUCA